CUCAUACCGGCUCAGUACGCUCAAGAUCGACGUUCCAUCCUCAAUCUCGCACUCACCUGCCGUACAUUUCGCGAUCCAGCCCUCAAAGUUCUUUAUGCUCACCUGGCGAACAUAUGGCCUCUUAUUAUGUGUCUGCCACCAGUUCAGUCAGCGAGCCCGGUGCAUGAUGUGCCAACCCAACAGUUCCACCCAUUAAUAGUCCUCCGCGCUGCACGCGUCCGCGUCCUCCACAAUAUUCCCGGUCGCAAAAACACUGCCCCGAGCGACGCUGCAUUCGCAUUCCUCGUUGCAAACACACCCAGAGACGCACCACUCUUUCCCAAGCUGCACUCGCUCACAUGGUUUGACUCACGACUCACCUCCAUCCCAGCCCUCUGCCUCUUCCUACCUGCCGUCGAGACCCUCUCCUUCAUCAUCAGAGACACUCGAUUUCGCAAGGUGAUCAUCCCUGGCCUCCGUACUGCCGCCCCAUGCCUCAAAGCUCUUGGGUUGGAUGGCAUCGCGCCCGGGGACGACCUAUUGGAUAUCGAGUCAUCCCUAAUCAACUAUCCUGAGGGUCUCACAGGGCUUUCGAUCAGAUCCUGCGAUAUCUCAAACAGCUUGCUCAAUGUUAUUUCUGCUUGGCCACACCUCCGAUGGCUCACGUUCCACCUGGGCUCCAAAAGUAUCAUCACUACACCUCUCCAUGUGCACCAGCCCUUUCAGGCACUCACUCGCUUGCAUAUCGAAUGCGUGGAUCUGAUCCUUUUUACAUCUUUCCUGCGUGCUGUCCAGAUUGUCAGUACGAAUUCUGAUGUGUGUCCCUUCGCCGGAUGCCCCAACCUCCGAACGAUUCACAUCGCCGCAUGCGGAUGCAGCCCAGCCAACAUCUGGUCCGAACUCCUUAGAAUUCUCACCUACACAAAGCUGGAGCGCCUUAUUCUCAACGAGAUGAACCACGCUGAGAAGCAGUCCUGCCACACAUCCUCGUCCUUUGACAUCGGCCCCCUCCUCGCGCGCCCCACCGCUCUCGCAGACCUCAAUACCCUCAUCAUCUCCCCCGCCCAUACUACGACAAUUGCGCUUACCGACGCUGACAUCGUCGCGCUCGCUCGUGCAUGCCCGCAUCUCGAUAUACUUGGACUAGAGGCACAUAAUACGCCCGUGUCCAUGUAUGCCUUACGCACCCUCGUGGGGCGUUGCAGUGACCUGCGCGAGUUAUCCCUCUGCGUGGACGCGGAACUCGAUGCACUCGGAGCAAUUCCUCCGAACAACGACGACGAUGAAAUAGAUCUGCAACCCAACAUGCGCCUGGACAAACUGUACAUCGGGGACUCUCCCAUCUCGUACGCGGGCCCCUUGCAUCCACCGACGGCGCCAGACCUGAUGAGAUCUAUCCCACGGUUCCUCCACAUGAUUGCGCCACGGGUUGAGCGCAUCAUGAGGUUGACAGAUGGAUCGUGGUCCAAUGGUAUGUAUAGGCGAAGAUGGAAGGUGGUGUCGUCCGCUUUGUCCGUAAUGGUGAGAGAUGAAGUUAAGGAUGGUGAUUGAUUUUCUUUUGGGGGAAAUGUUUUAGAUGGAUAUUUAGGCGGAAGGAUGGCUCGGUGAUUAGAUGAUUGUCCCGCUCGUGGUGUUUUAAGCUCAAGGGC